ACCUUAAUUGUUUUGAUCAGGCACGAACAUUUAAAAAAAAAAUUAUAGAGAUUGAAUUGUUUAGUCAACAUACAAAGUUGACGACUAAUAAUUGAUUUUUACUUCAAACUCCUCGUUCAAAUAUUCGAAACAAACCGAACUACCGGGCACAAAACGUUCUAUUAUUACUGAUCUUAGUUAGAAUUUGUAGAAUAGAAUGUGACAAUUCUGCUCCCACUGGUUACAAUCGAAGCGGCCUGAUUAAAGCUAUAGGUUUCGGAUGGAGAAGUACACCUGAAGAAAUCCCCUAGAAAAAUACACCGAUAGCAGAACGUGUUUUCAAUGUGUAAUUGAUGCGUCUCACUUCUGACUUGAGCUUAGUAUAGAAGCUGCUUUCGAUCUGCUCGGAAUGCGAUUACAGAAACCCACGAUGAUAAAAGCUUCGAUUCUGAUGCUGGUGCUAACUAUGUGCAGGAAAGUGUCUUGCGGAACACUUAGCAUAGAGGAAGGUUCUCAUGUGGUUCAAAUUGGUCAGACUCGAUCGACCGGCGCAAUAGAUUUGAUUUGCGGUGGAGCGUACUUGGGAGACAGGGUCGUAGUGUUUGGAGCCCAUUGUACAAAUCGGAAUGGACGAAAACCUGAUAUUGUUCGGUUUGGAAGCGUGUUUGGAAGCAGUUUUGAUCUGCACGUCGUCAAUAUCACCGUUCACUAUCGCUACAAGCCUCAGUUCGACUAUCACAAUAUGGCCGUCGCUUUUCUUGAUCGGGAUCCGGAGACAGUGAACCACAAAAUUAAACCGGCUUGCAUUCUGAAGCCGCAUCCCAAACCGAAUCAUUCCGUUCAGUUGAUUGGACCCAUUGAAACCCAGCUUGAUCGGGCAGAUUUAGUUUCGAUGGGAUCGGAAAAAUGUCACGAAUACUACAAUCCUCAGCAUAAACUACGGUUCGGGGUUCUGCUUUGCUGCUUCUGUGCCAGGAAUGCCAACAUCGAGCGAUGCACGGAUCUACACAGCUCCCCGCUGCAGAUAUUACUUUCUUUUUCGGGGAAAAAAGUUCCCUUUCUCAUUGGCCACAAAUCCAUUGGGAAGCCAUGCGGAACAAACGCUCCUGCAAUUUACACGCGGUACGGAUCAUACUUCGAAUGGAUUGAAACUGUUACGGGGAUGAAAAUGGAUCCACAAGAAUGUUUGUCUCGUGUCUGAAUUUUACUCCACUCCGGUGCGGUUGCAGCUGCUCAAGAAUUGCUCAGUCAUAAGAAAGCUCCAAAAAAGCUCCAAUCUAAUCUUGAAAUUUUAAUAAUUAUUGCAAUUUCAUGUACAAAAACAUCAAACGGGUUAUUCCUGUUAUUUGUCAUUCUAUGGAUUCAUACAUUGUUUCGAAAUGUUUUCCGAGACCAUUCUCUUUAUUGAUCAGCCAUUGUGAGUAAUUUUAUUUUUUGAGACGCUGGCCAUAAAAAUUAAAUUGUGCCAUUUGAGUGAUACAUGAAAUAUAAACAGUAAUUUGCUUACAUUUUAAAAACACGUAGGGUUUGAGUAUGGGAGCGAAACGCAAUAAAAAUUAAGUGGUCGCGAAUGAUGCACCAAGCGGAAAUUUCGACCUAACGAACAUAAUUAGCGUAUAGAGUUGCCGGAUGGUAGUGUAAACUUUGCUUUUAUUGCCAUUAUGGAUUGAUGUUUGUUCCAUAUAUUGUUAUAAUAUGUAUUGAAUUAUUGCAUUUAACUUUUAUGAAUGUUGUAGACCAGCUGCGAGCUGCUUCUAGUAGUUCUCUCGUUGGUAGGCUGACCAAACGUGCCGUUUUGAACGGGACAGUACCGUUUUUUUCGAUCAUUUGUUAUUGUCCCGUCUUUUCAUUUGUACCGUAUUUUGUUUUUCAAUUUGUACCGUAUUUUGAUUAAAAAGAAAAAAAAUAUUUUGACGUAGGACUACUUUGAUUCCUAUAUAAAGAUUCCGAAAUAGAAAAUGAGGCAUGUAACGAAUAAUUAAGAGAUUUCAAACGCAUAUUACGCAAAAAGUUAUUGCGAUAUAUGUUAUGCUGGAUAGGAAAUAUAUUCAGCAUUUUAUUUACUUAAAACACGAACAUUGAUUGUAGUGAAAUAAGAAAACAAUUUGACGAAUUAAAUGGGGCAUCCCCCUCAAUGCAACGACAAUCUUUUUGCCUAUCUACGGGCUUUAUCUUACCAAUGAUUCUCAAACUUUUUUGGACAAGAGACCCCUUUUGCAGAAUGACGUGGUAUCAUCGAACCCUAUAGCCAAAUUUCUUCAAAAAAAUUAUCUUUAUUUCAUUCAUACAAAAUACUUACCGAUUUAAAAACUUUGCGGCUAGUUAAGUGAGAACUUGACACCCAAAAUCAGUUUUCAGUUCCCCCUAGGAAACUUUGAGAACUUCUGGGUUAAACGUUGAUUGAGAUAUUAUUAGUUUGAUGCUCAGGUUGUUGCUCGACCAAUUCGUGUUCGAUUGACGUUUUUAUCGUGUAGUUCUUGCUACUAACAACUUAUGUUAUUGUAGAUAAUGAUAUCAUGAUAUCGAGCAUGUUGAUGUAGAAAAAAUGCAAUGAAAUAAUUUACCGACUGUUGAUUUAGGGGUUCGAAAGGUCUACGCAUAUCAGCUCAUGAUAGCUUAGCUAGUUUGACCUUUAUCUUAUGUUACUCACAGUCUUCAGAAUGCAACGCGGUGCUGAUGUGCAACAAAUUUUUCGCACCCAGCCGAGCUCUCACUUCUUGUUUACACAUGCGCUCUGGCGAAUGAGCACGCUCCGAAACACAGAUCAAAUAUUUUGUUGUCAGCACCGUUUUGCACCGAGUUUUGCGCCGUGUUUUCCGCCUUGUUUUGCGCCGUAUUUCUAUACUUGUUUUACAACGCGCUUCAAUCCGGUUUGCUUUCUCUGUUGAGUUAUUUUUCUUCACACAAGCGUAUACGAUUGGUAUGGAGACAGGCUGUUGUUUUUAUGGAAUUCAGAUCCAACACAAUCUCAUCUGUGUGGAUCUCGGAUUCUCUCUUUUCUCCAUGUAUUGGAUGUUUUGGCAACGCGAGUGCCGCUCCCGAUUUUAUAUUUGAGCGACCUGCCAUAAUGGGCGCUGGAUGCGAUUCGGCGGCUGAUUUAGCCAAGACACCCCUAUACCAACACACCCGAAAGACUCAUGCUUUCCUUUUUUUUUCUCGCUAUUUUCGUUUGGAUAUUUCUCCCAAAUAGCAGAGUCUUUCGGCGGGGUUUUCUUGUUCUUUAAAUUUCAAAACCCGGCGAGCGUUUCGACUUGAACUGUGCUCGGGAGGUUAAAGGGCAUCGCCCGCGAAGGCUUGAAAGUGCGACCAAUGAAAGCACAGGGGAAUUUCGGUAUGAAUACGGAAUAGUUAACAUCGUUAACUAUUACGUAAUUCCGGUUCCAAUGAAUGUCUCGCUAAACUGAGGACCUUCAAACAUGCUCCUCCAUUCCGUCUUCGACCGUGGAAGAGGCAGGGCGGACCAGUUUUUUUUGCAUCGCGAGUGGACGGUAAGAAGGUACCGUUGGUGAAAGGCUACACGUGCUAGUCAGUGUGCUAAAGUUUUUUUUUUUGGUUCUUUUUUUUUUGGGUGGGUUAGGCAUCAUUGCGUAGGUCCAAUGAGGAGAAGUUCGGCAUAAACGGUGUUCGUUGGGAACAGCCCUAGUGCCUCUGUUGCUUGAAUUGUGGAACACGGACAAACGGUGAAGCGGGUCCUUCUUAGCGCAGGUGCAAGUCGCGGAACAAACCGGGGUUUGGAAACAAAAGGACAAACCCGCCCUCAGGUGUUGGGUGUCUCAUUGCCGGGCAAAGCAAGAACACGGCGGUUGGUCUCCCUGGCGGGAGUGGCGCUUAAGCCAACCGCUUACCUGCGGAAAACCCUCCGGUCGCGACAAACUCGCGCGCUUUCCCGGCGUCGCGGGUUACAUAUGUGCGCGAAGUGUUUUCCUUGUCGAUUUUCCGUUAUUUAUUGCUUGUUUUUGUUUUCUCGUCCUUCAUAUUUUGUCGUUCCAGUAUUCCAUUAUUUAGUUUUUUUGGUGUUGUUUUCGAAAAAAUCUGUUGGAAUUGUCAACGACAGGGACAUUGUUGGAGGGAUUGCACAGACCGAAAAAGAAUUUUUUGUUAUGGCUGUGGAAAUCUAGGUAGGACCGUAAGGUCAUGUGAACGUGGUUGUCAUAGUAGGAAUCAGAUAAAUUGGGAUAAUUCUGUGUUGAUACAAGGUAGACGAUGUGAGAGGUAGGCAGCCUUUCCUAGUUACCCUCCCAUAAUCCGUCUUCCUAUUUGUAUGUUUGUGUAUAUAUGUUUGAGUUCAAGCUAUGUACCUUUCAUGAAGGAACUAAUAACAAAAAACACACCUAUGUGGAAAGUCCUACGUCGAAUCCCAUCGAUUGAGGAAUCGUUGAUUCUUUGGAAGAUUGCUUGAAGUCUGAGUUGAGAGCUCAUAAUGAUCCGGGAAAAGUAGCAAAGUUCACGAAGAAAAAGAACGAGUCGGAGCUAUGACCUGUGCAAAGUAGCGGUCAUGGUACCGUGAAGCGUAAAGCGAGCACUGAUGAUGACUUUCGAAAUUAUCAGUAGUGGACUUUGUGAAGAAACGAAGAGUAGAGCGCCUCAGCACUAGAGAGCAGUCUGAAGAAGAAGGGACUUGAUAAUCCUCUCGAUUGGUUGAUUCCGUAGAAUCAAGUUUCUUUGAAAGCUAUGUAGCCGAAGUGACAAACGGGAAUCCCAACGAAAACAUCAAAAAGAGACCGACCUUCGAAAUCGAAUCGAGUGAACAACGCGACUCGAAUUGUAAAUAACAUGUAAAUAUUAUUAGUAGAGUAGUUUAUUAGUUUUUCCUAGUUCCCUAACUCUUAUUUUCUAUUAUUAGUCUUAAAUCUAGUUAAAUUAGUUGUUAAAUUAUUAAAAAGUAAUAGUCACUCACGUUUUUUCCUCGUUUAUGGUCCUUUUUUUGCUUAGUUUGUUUCAUCGUCACUUUUCCGUU